AUGAUGCAGACUGACCAGGCACUUGAUGCUAUCAUCUUCGAUCUUGCUGAUAGGCAAGUCAGUCAUGGCGAAACUCGCGAUCAAAGGCUCUUCCUUCGCCACGAGAAAGAGAGAAACCAGGUUGGAAAUGCCAGAAUCCUUGUAGUCAAGAGCAUCACGCCUCGAUUCCACCUGACCUCACCUAUUCUCUGGACCGCUCACUGCCAAACACCUCUUGAGUUCACCUUUAUGGACCUGCCAUCGGAGUUACGCGACAAGAUUUGGGCAUAUGCGACACUCGAAGGACGAAUCAUUAAACUUUUCGGAAAGAAGGUCUUGUCUGACGAAAACCACGGUCACGGCCUCAAUCCUUACGAGUCAAAUCUGAAAAUGAGAUGGGCCAGAGCAGGUAUCCCGACCCAAAAGGAUAGGGAUGUUCCAGAAGAGCUGGCUGAAACUGAAUUGCGCAGCUUGGAGACUACAAGACACUGGGAUGAAGCUUUUCAAGUGCUCCAGGAGAAAGUCAACACAAUCAAGUCCAAUACUGCUAAAGAUCGCAAGGUCAACCCAAGAAAGAUUCCAUCCGUUCUGAGCGUCAACAAAGCAAGCCGAAAUAUCGCAUUGCAACACUACAGUCUCAUCCUAGGACCACAACGCGACGGCAAGCCAAUCUUCUUCAACUUCGCUGUGGACGCGCUCUACGUGCAAGAUGACUGGGAUCUCCUUGUCCUUUGCGGCAUCGAUUUUCCAGAAAGUACCAAUAAUCUCUGCACGUCCAUCUUGCCCAACAUGUUUCCCAGUCAAAGAAACGAGAUCGAACAGAACCUCCGCUUCUUGGUCAUCGACGACAGCUUGGAGCCUACCACCAUUGCAGGACUUGCUCGGUUUCGCAGCCUUGAGAGACUCCUGGUCAAACCAAAGAAAGAACACUCUACCCGCAAUCUCUUCACUCAGAUAUUUCUUGGCUAUGACUCUCGCCCGGCCGAGCAUGCGUUGAAGGAAGCCUGGAGAUUGGAUGAUGAGGAUUGGGGUGAGGAUGCCAAGCCCAAUUCUGUUCCACAGUUCUUGUAUUUCAAGAUUACUAGAAAUUCCAUGCUCAGGGAUGAAAAUGCUAUUAGCUAA